GGUUGGACUGGGACACGCCCACUAGUGGAGGUCGGAGGUCACAGUGGGUCAGGAACUGGACUGUGUGGGGGUACUUCAGGGACUACUUCCCCUUGACGCUCAUCAAAACUGUUGAUCUGGAUCCAAAGAAGAACUACAUCUUUGGGUUCCACCCUCAUG